AUGUUGAGGAAGUUUCUUCCUCGACAAACUACUGGUUUUCUGCAGUUCAGUACACGAAAAUUUAACCCCUGUAAUCUAUUUCUGUUUCGAAACUGUUCCUACAUUGAUCAAAACUUGGAGCCUGAAAUGGCAGGUGGAGGAGGGACAGAGUACCAUGAUUUUCCCAAAGAGGAAGAGAAAAUUUUGGAACUUUGGGGGAAGUUAGAUGCCUUUAAGACUUGUUUGCGACAAUCCAAGGAUAAACCGAGGUUAGAAUUGCGUAUAUCUUGCUUUCUUGUAUAAAAUUAUGAAUUUGAUGCACGGAAACGCAAAGGAAACAAAAAUGAAAGUGGUGAGUGGACUUCUCCUUAGUAGAGAGAGGUCUGGAACUAGGAUAUUAUUUUCCUGAUUUUACCCAAAUUUCUUUUCGUUGUAUUGCUACAGGAUUCCCAAUAUUGAAAGGGAAGUAGGUGGCACCUAUGAUGUCAUUUUUCUCCCUCGAUAGCAUUUGCUGUCAUUGGCUACUUCAUGGUAACAUGACAUCCAACAAUAAAAACCACUAGCCAGGAUGAGUGCCAGAUCUUAUGUAGACCUGGAUCAGUAAAAAUCAUAAAUACUGACUAGAAAAACAGGAAACUGAUCUGUAUAGCAAGAAAACUAAAAGAAAUAUUAAAAAACAAUGUGGUAAAGUUCAUUUGCAACGACCUUUUGGUUUUCAACACAUACCUUUCUCUGGGGGAUGAAAAAGGGGGAAAAAGGUUAAUGUUGCACACCCCAAUACCAGCCUAUUUUUCUACUUAAAUAGUAUCCACAAUUAAAAAGAAACUUUUUUCUGCCAUGAGUUUAGUCUGAAAUUAGAGCUAUGUUAGUAUGCUGUUGUUCAUGAAUGUUGUUGUGGCAUAACAAAUAAUGGUUAGGGUUUAGAACUCAAACUGAUCCCUGUAUAAACUAACUUUUCUGAAUACAGUGAAACCUCUUUUAAGCCGCCACCUUCGGGACCUUCCCAAGUGUCUACUUAAUAGAGGGUGUCCACUUAAUAGAGGCUGGUAAAAAUUGUGCAAUGUAAAAAUAAUGAUGAUAAUAGUUUAUUAACACUUCUGGCAGUUAAAAACUGAAAAAACAGUACAAUUUACAAUUGGAUACUAAUAAUUAAGUCUAUUUACGAUAGUAAGUAUUACAAUAAUAAUGGAAUCAAGAAAACCUAAAAAUAAAAAAAGUCAUUUUCCCUCUUUGUCCUUUUCAUUGUUGUAGUGGUUUUAGUAUUUCCUGAUCUUAACUGAUAUGGGAUAGAUCUUGUCAUAACUUGCGGAGCUAAGAAAGAUAUGGGGUGGCUCUCAUUCCUCAUAUCUGCCAUCAACUUCUUGCAUAUGAAUAUCCUGCAAUCUGUCAGUUCAAGUCAAGUCAGUUUGUUAACGAUUAACUUUCAACGGUUACUCUGUACUGUGAUAAAGUUCCAUGCAGGUUUUUGAGGAAGCUGUGCUGUACUUUGUGCAAGACUUUCGGUUUAAUGUACAGUUUAUUGACAGCUAAAUGUAUUUCUAUUAAUUGGCUACUGUUUGUAUUUCAAGGACAUAAUCCAAUAGUACUAUUGUCAAUUCAGUUCGAUGUCCGCUUAAUAGAGGUUAUCAACAAUAGAAAUUAGCCAAAUACAAUAUAUUUUAGUGUCCGGGUGUGCUUCACAGAGGUGUCCUCUGAAUAGGGGUUCAUUUUAAAGGGACCCAGUUUAGUGGCCGCUUAAUAGAGGGUGUCCGCUUAAUUGGGGGUCUGCUUAAUAGAGGUUUCACUGUAUUUUUAAGUCUUUAUGAAAGUGCCAUGCAACACUUUAAAAGUGUUGAUAUAUUUUGUCUUUUGUCCAGGUAUUCCUUUUAUGAUGGACCUCCCUUUGCCACUGGUUUGCCUCAUUAUGGCCACAUUCUUGCUGGUACUAUUAAGGUAAAGAAAAUGGCAAAAGUUAAUUAUUGUCUUGUAAUAAAUUAAUAAUUAACUAACAGAACUCUCCUACUGGUGUUUGUUUGGGGCAUGAACUCCACUGUAAAACUGGUUGAAGCUUUAUUACAUGAUAUUGAUAAAUUUUGUGUUUAUACACAGGACAUUGUGACAAGAUAUGCCCACCAGUCUGGUUAUCAUGUAGAAAGGCGUUUUGGAUGGGAUUGUCAUGGUCUUCCUGUGGUAUGGUAUUCAAUUUUGUUCAAUACAUUUUGUCGUAGUAAGUAACAAACACUUCAAGGUUUUUACAGUUUUCACCCCUGGGAACCUGUAGCAACGAGGUGACUUUUAUGAUGUUGGUAGGUAUUUUGAAUAAUAGGGUUACCUGUAUCUGUAAGCAAAGAGUGUCAGCAAUUAGCUCAGACAUUUGUUAUACUGAUAGACUGUUAACAUGAAAAUUGAUCUUUGAUAAAAAAUAUCCUGAGAACCUUGCAUAACUUCAUAUUUUCAGUGUAUCUCUUUUAUAUAGACUACUUCUGGUGUACAACAUAAUUACAUGUACCAACAAUGCUUUAUCUGACAUUAUUGUCCUUUCACAGGAAUAUGAAAUUGACCAGAAGCUGGGAAUUAAGGUAUAUUUCAUUAUUACUAUUCACAUAACAAAAAAUAGGGUGUUGUGAAUAAUGUGUAAACUGUUCUAUUUUGUUAUUGUUUGAAUAAGUCUGUAUUUCUUUUUCAUAUUAAAAUAACAAAACAACAUUGAAUUAGAUCAACCAAUGAGCAAAUUUGAAAGUUUUAAGAAAGGUGCUCAAGGCCCAACUAUUUCUACAUCUCAAGGGUCAAUACUUACAUAUCAGCAUGAAAGAGACAAGUCAUGAAGAAAAUGGAGCAUGAAUAACAUCGUAUUUAAACAAAUUAAUUUUUUGAAAAAAGCUAGAGUAUUAAUGUUGUUAAUUCAUUGUGUUGUAGAGUCCAGAUGAUGUUGAAAAAAUGGGAAUUGCCCAAUACAAUGAGGAAUGCCGAAAAAUUGUGAUGCGUUAUUCCAGUGAAUGGGAGGUAAUAUUUGUGAAUUAAUAUUUAAUACACUGGCCAGUGUUGACUUCUUUGUGGUAAAACCUGCUUGCACUUGUCUCACCAGGACAUAUUUCAUAAGAGUGUCAUCUACUUGCCAUGUGCAUCACUGGGUGUCUUGAAAACAUUAGACCCCUAAGACCCCCACCGAAUGACUCUGAACUUUAUUGAUUAGGGUUAGGAAAUUGAGUGAAUCAGGUUCCAUUUACGUCAUUAUAGUUCAGAGUCAUUCGGUGGGGGGUCUUAGGGGGUCUCAGGGGUCUUUGUUUUCAAGACACCCAUACAUUGCCUGCAUAUGGACUUUUAAGAACCUUCUGCUACCUGGUGUCCGCGGUUUUAAAAUGGGACUGAUGAGCUUAAUUUCAGUCACUUCUGUUUGGCUUGUGUUGUUUUUGGUCCAGGUUUUUUUCUUCUAGUAUAGCCGUUACAGGUCAAAGCUAUUAAUUCAGGUUAAAAGGUUGAUUCUCAAUUUCUGUUGUCUCCUAGCUCUGGUUAUUCAUGAAUUAGGAGACAAAGGAACUUGAGAACCAACCUAGGUUAAAAAAUCUCAGCCUGAAGUUAAUUUUUACCUUUCAUGUUACAUGAUCUCCCCAAAAAACCUAUGAUACGAUAUUUGCAUAUGACCAUUUUCUGUUAUCUUUAAGUUUAUUGUCAAGAGGAUGGGGCGGUGGAUUGAUUUUGAGAAUGACUACAAGACGCUGUAUCCUUGGUUUAUGGAAUCUGUCUGGUAUGUACAUUGGGUCACAGGAAGUAAAGCAAUCCUUCUAACUUUAAUAGGCUCAUAUAAAUUAUGGGUCGGUUAUUUAAAUGAUGUCUUACUUUAGGCCGCCGUUUAUCAAAUCUUUGGACCUCUAGAUCUCUUCCAUAGUGGGUUACUUUAAGAAAAUAAGUGCUUUUCCAGGCUUGGCCUUUUGCUGUCUUGAAACAUUUCUUGAUAAAUAGUGUUAAGAUAAAAGUGUUGGGCAAACUGAAAAUGGCUUAGAACAUGGUUUUGUUAGAUACUGCCUAAACUCUGAUUAAAUAACUGGCCCUAUAUGUUGUAGUUUUCAAAAUAAUUGACAAAAUCUUUUCUUUAGGUGGACAUUCAAACAACUGUAUGAUAAAGGAUUGGUUUAUAGAGGUUUCAAGGUAUUGUUAGUUCUGGUCAGAAAAUUAAAAAAAUGUAUAAUUAUUCUUAACUGUACAUGUAUACGUGGUAUUUUUAGUGGUGAGGGCUUACCACAACAAACAACUGAUCUUUUGACUUUUCAUUAUUUUUCUGUUUACCUCCUACUUCAAUAUUAUUCUUAUAUGUUCUUGUUAGGUCAUGCCAUAUUCUACAAGGUGCAAUACUCCACUAUCAAACUUUGAGGCCAACCAAAAUUACAAGGACACUGUGGAUCCCUCUGGUUAGUACAUCGUUACAGUGACACAACAACAACAACAACAACAACAACAAUGAAUAUACUUAUAAGUCAAUAAAAUCAUCAGAGUCAAAGAUUUUCCUGUUGUAAGUUCUAGCACCCAUAAAAAAGACUUUUUCUAAUAUGGGUACAUGUAAAAAAGUUGACAAGUUAAAAGCUGUUGCACAACAAGUUUAGAGAUUACUGUAACAUGAGGCAGUUAUUUACUUUCAAUUAUAAAGCACUAGCUAUUGUUUUCAGAAUCAUUAUUUUUUUAUUUUAAUGUAGUUAUUGUACACUUUCCCUUGGAUGACAAUCCUGAUGUUAGUAUGAUUGCAUGGACGACCACCCCCUGGACUCUUCCUAGCAACCUUGCUCUUGUUGUGAAUCCUGAUAUGGACUAUGUCAAAGUGAAAGGUGAUAUAUAAAUUAUAUAUUUACACUCUUAUUCUUAAUACCCAUUAAUCACCUUCCAAAUUGUUUGUCAAACUGGUGAACGCCAGUGACAUGCAUCUCACGUAUAUCAUUGAUAAUGAUGUCAACAGCACUGAAUCAUGUGUUAAUGAGGACAUACUGGCUAGAUCGAUGGUUGUACAUUGUUAUCGGUGUGACUGAAUAGUAAUCAAUUGUGUUUGAAAUACCUUGAGAGCUGAAGUUUUAGUUUGACUACAUGGUACAUCCUUGAUACCAAAACUUAAAACAGGUUUAUAAACUGGAAAGUCGUAGGUUAGUAACAUGGGAACGCUAAUUUUAUGAAACUUGUCUUGAUACUUGCAGACAAUGGUACAGAAAAUACCUACAUUAUGAUGGAAGCUAGACUUGAUGCUUUAUUCAAAAAACCUGAGGAGUAUACUGUAAUAGAAAGGUUUGCAGUCAUUAUAAGACACAAUUACAGCAGAACAUCAUGUAGUAUUUCUUGCAUUAUGUUACAGCAAAAAAAUGACAACUUGCUACUAGGUGGAUUUUGAUAUUUACUGCUGAAAACAGGAAAACUGUAUUAAAUCAUUCAAUUCUUGUUGAAAAUCUACUACUUGAAAGGUGUAUAGCAAAGAUACCAUGAAUUUUUCAAGAUCAGGCCCAGGCUUGGUGCUUUGUAGAUAGUUGGUGCUUGGUUAAAAAAAAUCAUGAAAAUAAAAGCAUUUUUUUUCCAAGCAUGAAAGUCAUGGUUAUUUAAUUGUUGGUCAUAGGAAGUUGUGGAACAUGAAAUAGGCUUGGUGGAUUAAUCACUGGAAAUUUCAACAGCAUGCAUAAGUGAACCCAAAAGGUUGCAUGUGUGAAACCAAGUAAUAAACAAACAUAGUUUGGAAACAUUUUCAGAGAUGGCAGCCACAUAAACUAAAGGUCAUGGAAAAUUGGAAAAUGUAAUAAGAAGACAGAGAAUUUAAGAGCUCGAAACAGUGUGAACCCUUUACUCGUAAUUUUUUGUCAUUUAUAAAAACUAUUUGCUUUAACAGAUUUAAAGGAGCAUCCCUGAAAGGAAAGACCUACAAACCUCUCUUCACUUACUUCCAAGAUGUGAGUGUAAAUUUUUAUUGCUAUUUUGAUGAAAGAAAUUAUGAACGAUGUUUAGCCUUACCUGUUUCAAGUUUGAAAGUUACUAUAAGGAUCCUAUAGACCCAUUUUAUUCUGUGCCAAUCUAAUACCUUUAGGAUGAAUGUAAAUAUAUUUUAUAUUUUGGUAUUUUAUUUUUACUCCAUCUAAUAGAUAAUACAUCAGUUGUACAAUAUUAAUUAGUACAAGGUUGUUUAAACUACGUGUACAUAAUGUUUGCAAGAAAAAAAUUAGAAUAAAGAUGGGCACAUUAUAGUAAAACUAAUUAUGGCCCUGUUACAAGAUUGACUUUAUUCUAUUAUAGCUUUGUUAUUCAUUAAAACAAAAAUAUGCACGCACACACAUACACACGCACGCAACUCAAUAUUGAGCAAGAUAAUAUUUUUAAGUGCCUUUUUGAACAGAAGUUUCAAUGAUUUAUUGCGAAUAGAAAGAGGAGAUCAUUGGAGUAGUAUUUUCCAGCGACGGGGGGGGGGGCAAAACUUUUGAAUAUUAAUUCUCGAGUUGGGAAUAGGUAAUUUCUGAGAAGAUGCACUUUGUGUUAUUCUGGAUUACCUGAAGACAUUCCAGUCAAUAAAGAAACUUGGCAAUGACAGGUCUGAGGUCAUUUAUUGAAGCGCCAGUCCUCGGCCGCCCAAUCCUAUGCGCGUUCUUUAUCAUGGGUUUGAUGCCCAUAUCAUUACAUAGUAUGGUCUUCAAUUUUAUUUUUCAAUACAGUUCUUAUUUGAGUCCUCGAGAAUGUUGUAAAAUCAUAGGUUGAAAUCUCUUGAGCAACGUUCCAAUGAUAGAAGCCUUUUGCACGCUUGGUUUACAUUAGUAGCAAGCUUGCUGACCUCAUCUUCCAAUUUGUCAACUCUGGUCAUGGCCAUGUGGACUUCACCGUUUAGAGUAUCGAAGUUUAGGUUAAGCGACUCUGUAGUUCUUUCGAGUUAUUGUUCGAAGGAUUUCAAGUCUUUUUUGCUUGAUUAGUCUUCAUGGUUUUGACAUCCUGUCGAAUGGUUUCAAGGCAGUCCUUCACAUAUGAUUCAAAACUAUCAUCAUUCACGUCUUGCUUCUUUCCUCUCUUUGACAUAUUCAAAUAAAAGACACCAACAGGAACUCUUACAUGAAAAACUAAAUUAUUUAAACACACAAAAAAGGUAACAAAUAACACUAAACUAUACUAGCCAGCUUCAAAAGACCCGGCCAUCAUCAUCACUGACUGCUGACCGUGUUAAUAUGUAAGGUAGUGUAGAAGGUUAUAGUCAUGACUGAUUGUUAUCAUUGUCUUUUUAGUUUAAAGAUCAAGGAGCUUUCAAGGUGCUAGUAGAUGGUUAUGUGACUGAUGAAAGUGGUACUGGUGUUGUCCAUUCUGCUCCAGCCUUUGGUGAGGUUAGUGUAACUUGCAGUCAUAGUAAAAUUGAUGUUUUUUUAUUGUAUGUUUUUUUUAUAUAUGUGGCAUUAAUUAAGCUGUUUGUUUUUGGUUCUGUGACUCUGCUUGUGGUGCUAAAUAUUUUUUUAAAUUCUAUUUUUGUCCAGGACGAUUACAGAGUUUGUUUGGCCAAUGGAAUCUUGCAGAAAGGGAGCAAAAUACCUUGUCCAGUGGAUCCAAGUGGAAAAUUCACCGACGAUGUGUCUGAUUUCAAAGGACAACAUGUCAAGGUAUAUAAGCCUGGCCAGUAUGCAUGGUGCACACACUGGUAAUUUAUUUUUUGGACAGAAUGUUUUGUAAGGAUGCCCCAAGUAAUGGGGAUUCUAUAACUGAUACAUAACACAUUAUGAUUGUAAUGUGACUUAUUUCUUGACGGUAGGAUGCUGACAAGAAUAUCAUGAAGUGGCUGAAGCAGCAAGGCAGCCUAGUACACCAAAGCACUCAUAAACACAGUUAUCCAUUCUGUUGGAGGUGUGGCCGAUUUUUGUUUAAGCCAGUUGUAGCCAUAGUCUUAAUCAUAGUCAUAAGCCUGACAGAAUCAGAAUGUUUUUCUUCCAACUCUGCAUAUGAUUAAGUGAAAACCAGAUUGGCAGAGUCAGAAGCAGAAGAAUGAGGUUAAACCAAUUAGAAUGCUUGUUCGCAAGUAUAUUAAUUGGUUAAAAUUCUCCCACUUUUGCUUGUGACUUUGCACAAUCUGGCUUUAACUAGAUUGUAAGCCACAGAGUUGUAAAAAGAAAUUAUUUUGCCAAAAAAUGUUGAAAUAAUUAAAAUAAUAGUUGUGCCAUGUGAAAAUGCUGCCAAAUGGUGAGAACUGCCUGGUUUUUUUAAUGCAGAUCUGACACACCACUGAUAUACAAAGCUGUUCCUGGAUGGUUUAUUCAUGUUGAAUCUCUUGUGGACAAACUGCUGGUCAAUAACAAGAAAUCUUACUGGUACGUUAGUGUGCCUAUUCUUCUUGCUGUCUUAUUAUUCUCAUUGUGUAAAUACUAUGUAAUCAACAGUGUGGAGUAAUUUCGGUAAAGUCUUCUUUAUUUAAUUAGCUAAAUCUGCAUAGAUUACAGGCAGACUUGUUUGCUACAUUGUAAACCGUGUCUCCUAUGGUUCCUCCAUUCAUGUAGGGUUCCAGAAUUUGUGCAGGAAAAGCGCUUUCACAAUUGGCUUGAAAAUGCUCAUGACUGGAAUGUGUCACGCAAUCGUUACUGGGGUACACCAAUUCCUCUUUGGGUCAGCGAUGAUUUUGAAGAGGUAUGUUCAGCAUUAAACCAGUUCUGCAUUUUACGUGGUUGAAUGUGCAUAUCUGUUGUGGCAAAUAUGUCAAACUUAUUUGUAAAAUUUUCUUUCUGUAGCAACUUCUCGUGAUGUAAAUAGCGCAACAGUGACUGUUCCUUUAUGAAUCAACAGGUUGUUUGUGUUGGAUCCAUUGAUGAGUUGGCAGAGUUAUCAGGAGUGAGAGUCACUGAUCUACAUAGAGAAAGGUGUUUAAAUUCGGUUUCUGUAGUCAUUUUAUAUAUUCAUUUUAUUUAGUCUUUGAUAUCUUGUAAUUUAAUGUACUUUUCAUAACAGGUCCACGACAGUAUUCGGUAGCAAUUUUUAAUCUGUUUUAUCAGAUAUCAAAAUAAAUUGAUGUAUUUACAUGAAUAGUGUGGCUGUCAUUAGCUUACAAAUUUAAAAAGAAUUCAUUAAGCAGUAUCACCAAGUCUCAGAGCCAGACUAAAUUGUGUCCUGUAGCACUAAUUAAAAGUAACUAUCAAAAAGAAAAGAAAUGAGAAGAACACUUAAGGGCAUCUCUAUCCCUAACCCCAAUAUAGUAUCAUGAGUGAUUGGUCAUUUUUUAUUAGAAUGGCAUGGAGUAAGUAGUUUGUAUUAAUUUAACACUAUGUGUAUUUGCCUAUAUUCAUUUAUACCCCCUUCAGUGUAUGUAUAUUGUACAGGUCUACUUUGAUUUUAGAAAAAACUUUAAACCUGCAACAUAUAUACCCUGACCUGCAACAUAUAUGUUGUAGUUAUAAAGGAUAUUACAUGGCCGCGGGGAGAUACGAAAUUUCACUUUGAGUGUUGAAAAAUAUUUCAAGAGUGAGCACAGUGAACGAGUGAAAUACUUUUUUCAACGUGAGAAGAGAAAUCUUGUAUCUCCAAUCGACAAUGUAAUGUUCUAUUUACUAUAUAAACAACAAUGAAAUACCAAACCCUUUUACUAAAAUCGUUUUUUGGUCAGAAGGCGCUGUUUAUUAUGAAACCAUAGCAACGGUGAUAUUUUCACAUGCAAAGAUAACAUGGUAUUUUCACAUGUGAAGAUAUCAAGUUUUCGCGCGAAAGCUGACCUGGUAUUUCAUUGGUGUUUAUAUAAUAAACAAGUUUCAUAUAACAUUAUGUGACUUACUUUUCAGUGUUGACAGCAUCACCAUCCCAUCAAAAACAAACAGAGGAGUUUUAAGGAGAGUGACUGAAGUGUUUGACUGUUGGUUUGAAAGUGGAAGGUACUGUAGUAUCAGACUGUACUGUGAUGAUCACAAUUCGCUGCUGUGUGGUCAAUGCAUUUUCUGUUGCUUGAAAUAAUUCUGUAUGUAUGAUCAGACCAUAAGAAGCAAGGGGAGAUGUCACAAUUUUGGUGAAAGCAUUGCAAGAUGAUAGUAACAACAACAAAAAAACAAGAGCUGAUAAGUUUUUGGUGUUUUUGUGCAAUAUUUUUCAUUAUGGCUUUAACUACUGCAAGGAUUGCCUUUCUGUCCAUUUUCAGUACUUGGAAAAUUUUUUUGAUGUAAUAACAUUGUAGAUGAAAGGGUCUUUCUUUUUCUAUUGUCUGAUCAAUAUGACUAAGUGACAAGAAUGAAUGAUUGGUGCAAACUUUUUUAUUUGCAGUAUGCCUUAUGCUCAGUCCCACUACCCAUUUGAAAAUAAAAAGGAGUUUGAAAAAUCAUUUCCAGCUGAUUUCAUUGCUGAAGGAAUUGAUCAAACAAGAGGAUGGUAAGAUAAUUUAAUUUGAAAUAUCUUGUACUCUAUAACUUGUUUAGUUGUAAAUGUUGUUGCUAUACUGAGUACUUCACAAUGUUUAAUUUUGCAGGUUUUACACAUUGCUGGUUAUCUCAACUGCUUUGUUUAAUGAGCCACCGUUCAAAAAUCUUAUUGUCAAUGGACUGGUUCUUGCUGCGUGAGUCAACCUUUUUUUCCCGCUUGCCUUACCCUUUUCAGAGGCUAUUUAGUAAAUAAUCAUUCCUUUGGUUUGUUUGUUUGCUUUUUUCUCUUUCUUUGUCAGCAUAACUUUUGUAUUGAUUUGUAUGAUUGGCAGGGAUGGAGCAAAAAUGAGUAAGAGAAAAAAGAAUUAUCCUGAUCCAAUGGAAAUUGUCAACAAGUAUGGGGCUGAUGCAUUAAGGUGGGUAGGAUUUAACCAACAAUGUUAGAGAAGCAAAUAAUAUAAUACAACCGUAUUAAUUUAUUUCAUGACACCCAUCUGUGUUUAGUGGCAAAAAUCUGUUUUUUGCUUCAUUCUAUUAUCACUGAAUUAGGCAUCCAGCUUGACAGCUUGAUUAGAUGUUGUUACAGUAGCUGGCUCUCUUUAGUGACAUUCAAAAUCAACCUGCUUAAGGUAGUAGAAUUUUGUUAGUCAAGGCAAUUUUAUGAUACAGACCCUAUAAGGUACAUUUUUUUUGUUUCUAUUUUUGGUAGGUUGUACCUAAUCAACUCGCCAGUGGUCAGGGGGGAUACACUUAAGUUCCAAGAAAAAGGAGUCAAGGAUAUUAUCAAGGAUGUCUUUUUACCUUGGUACAAUGCUCACAGGUUUCUUCUACAAAACAUACAACAGUUGGAGAGGGUAAGAUUGACUGACAAUUGCCUUUCAAUAAUGUCAUUCUGGGCUGGAUAUUGUAGGUGUAAUUUACAGGAAAAUAAUGUUUUAAACAAAUAAAUUACGUUAAUGUGGCAACUGUAAGUUCAACUGUAUUAGAUGGAAGAUAGCGUUAGCUUUUUGUUGUGUUUUCACGCAACACCCCCAACGGAAGAGCGUUGCAGGCAACAGUCGCCAGUCAGGGAACUGUUGCCCUGCCGGCAUAACAUACAUUAUUGUACAAAGUGAGCAUGAUACGCGGGGGAAAUAGGGACUUUAAGAAUCAACGACAGGACAUCAACGAGAACGUCAAGAAACCAAUAGGUUUAGUAAGCAACACAACAACUUUGCACAUGCAGUACACUUUUUUGUACAUUUCUUUGCCGUUUUUGCACGACUGCUACGUGAAAAUGCCCAAUUUCGUGUUUUGAGGAGAACGGAAAUAGGCAACGACAAGAUCUUAUUUUUCUUUUUGAACUUGGAUAUGGUCCCUAGGAACUCAACUCCAGUUGGGUCCGCCUACAUUUGACAAAGUAAGUGGGUAGGAAUAAUCGCGAUUAAGACUAAAAGAGCGCAAAUUGACUUUUUAAGCGUCGUUCUUGUUGCCGUCGCGUCGUUGGAUCUUAAAGUCCCUAAUGUAAAAGAUACCGAACUUGGGAAGGAAACUCGCGAGAACAGACGCAUUCAAAUGUUCCAGUUACAAGCUAUUUUAUCUGUUGGAUCAAGUAGUUCGUCACUGCAUUCGUUCUUGUGCCGGCACCAAACACUUUGCUGCUGUUUUGAUCCUUUUACAACAGGAAGGGCACAAGUUUGUUCAUGAUGAAGUCCUUCUGUUAAACCUGGAACUGAAUACCCUUGAUCGCUGGAUUUUGUCGUUUACACAGAGUUUGGUUUUGUUUGUUCACCAAGAGAUGGCUGGUAAGUGCGGAAAUCUGUCAGUGCUCUGGGAAACUAAAAUACGUUUGCAUUAUUAUUAGGUCGGGUAUUUGGGUUUGGUGCUUGCGGCAGUUGUUUCGAAAUGUGCUUUGUCCUUUACGAAAAAAGAAUACAAAAAGGUUACUAUUUCUAUCAAGUGCUUUAUCCAGUUAAGUUAAUGUUUGACUGGGUGUUUUGUGUUUUAGCAUAUCGUCUGUAUACUGUUGUUCCUCGACUGGUAAAGUUCAUUGACUAUCUGACGAAUGUCUAUGUGAGAAUGAACCGCAAGAGGAUUAGGGUAUGAAACAAGUUUUACUUUUCACGAGAUUUUUACUUUCCUGAAAAUUUUACAAGCGGACAUAAUCUGAAUAAAACUCCCCAGAAGUUGGAAUCUUCGUUUUAUUGCGUAAGUUUUGUUCUUGUUCAAGACAGCGAGAUACUCCCAAGUUUUCUUGCGCAUUUUCUAAUUAUUCGCAAUCGCGGUAUUUCACUCAGGUGAUCAAUUUUCAAUACUCUAGGUUACAGACAACUUUCGUGCUCGUGAUCUGACUUGAAUAAGAAUCUUGUUAGUUUAUUACUGUUGUAAUUCUCUCAGAAUGGCUCUGUGCUGCUCUGCUUUCAGGGUGACUGUGGAGAUAAAGAUCGUCACGAGGCUCUUCAGACACUUUUUAGUGUCAUCUUUUCUAUGACAAGACUAAUGGUAGGGUAUGCCAUUUCUCCAUUACCAUUGCCAUUUUUCACCAUCUCAUGUAACUGGAUUAAUGUGAAUUUUAGAAAACAUUAUUUUAAUAUAUACGGUGUCAGAAGAAAUAAGUAGCAGCAUAUUAAUAAUUGAAUUUGCUUGUGUACUAUUCCUGCCUUGUUAAUCCAUUCUUGGGGAGACGGAAGUAAUGGUAAUGGGUUUGACGAUCUUUUGCAGGCAUCUUUUACUCCAUUCAUCACUGAACACAAUUACCAGGCACUGCGUCCUUACAUCCCAGAGAGUAUGAACUCAGAAGAAACACAAAGCAUUCACUACCUAAUGAUCCCGCAGGCAAGGUAAUUUACAUACAGGCACUGAAAUUGUAUAAUUUCGCAAUUAACUGAAACGGUUAUUUGCUUUAGACGCAGACAGUUUUGAUUUACUUUAUUUAUCAGCGCGUUUUCUUUUUAAGAGAAAAACUCAUUGACAAAGAGAUCGAAAGGAGAGUGGCUCUCAUGCUAACCGUAAUCGAGCUUGGCCGAGUUGUAAGAGAACGAAAAACUCUGCCUAUCAAGGUAAGAAAUGUCAAUUUUAGGUUAAUUUUAGGUUACAUUGUCAGUUUACUGAUUUGAUAGCAUUUUCCUGAAUAUUUGGGUAACUCUGUUCAUUUACCCGCUUUUUGUGGACACAGGCCUGCCCAGAGGGAAUGUGCACAAGCGGGACUCAGGUCCUAUGCGAGGUGUCAUCCCUCACAGCUGGGGUCUACAACCCCUUACUCUUUUCGAAAAGUGAUGUGGGUUUUUUUAAGAACAAGUCAGUGAAAGUGCUGUGAGAGGGGACCUACGGUUUUUCAUCCUUAUCCGAGAAAACUAGAUAGUCUAACCAUUUGCAGAUGUCAUUACAAGGACGUUUCGCGCGAAACGUCUCCAGCGGCGAAGAGCGAGGAGGAACGGAUGUUUUCUCAGGCUAGACCCGCGCUCUCCCAACUGAGCUAACCAGGCGGCGGUUAAAAAAGAAAGGUUUGAACCAUAAGUAGGUUGAGUAUGAUCCUCCGGGUGAACGUAGUCCUGAAUAGGACUGUUUUUGUUGACAGUGACUGGCGUUUCGACAACCUGUGCUGUAGUCAUCUUCAGAGUCAAAGUGAGUUGUAUCACGUCGGUAACCUUUCCUUUCCUCUCUGCCCGCCUCGUCUAGCUUUUGCUAUUUGCGGGCGGAGAUCCAUGGCAAAUUGAUGUGUAUGAAAAUAAAGUAUAGUGUAUAGUGUAACUGUCACACACUCGCACUCUCGAUUUCAUCUUCGUGAAGGUGAAGAGUGAGUGGAUACAACACUCGCAUUUGAUUCCAAAAAGUACUGUAUCAUGGGUAAUGAUAUGAUAUCGCAGGCUCAGUAUACUCCAUACCACUUUUAAGGCUGGUGGGGAUCGCUGGUGGGUAGGAUAAGCUAUGGUCACAGUGGAUCCGCUGACCAAUUUUUCGACUUGGAACCUGGUGAACUUUUUUCUUUAACUAAACGCUUGACUGUUGUUGUUUUGUUUUGUUAGUACCCACUUCCUGAACUUGUGGUGAUUCACCAGCAGCAACAGAGUCUUGAAGAUGUGCUGUCUCUUGAAAUCUACAUUAAGCAGGUAUAGCCGCCACCGUAUUACGCAGUAAGGUAGUUUGUUUAAAGAUGUGUGGCUUUUAAUUCUCUUCCUCUCUAAGUUAUAGUUUUAUUUACCUCUUAAUUCCUUGGCAGGAGGUGAAUGUGAGAAAGAUUACAGUAUCUUCUGACAAACAAAAGUUUGGCGUGAGACUCAGGGCUGAGCCAGAUAAUCAGGCUUUAGGGCGAAGGUUGAAAGGUGCUUUCAAGGAAGUAUCUCGGGCAAUUAAAGGUACCACAUCUAGAGUUUGAAGUUAUUAAUAUUCAUGUGUCCUUGAACGAUAUUAAGGACUUAAUGUAUUCUACAGUUAACAGCCUUCCUAACUCUUUUUGGCGUGUUUUAACUGUUUCAGUCGCCGUGUAGUCUAACAUAUUGCUGAAUUUGACAGGUUUGUCGGAUGAGGAAAUAGAGGUUUAUCAGGAUAAAGGAGAACUGUUGGUAGCCGGUCACGUGUUGUCUGGAUCAGACCUAAAGGUAUAGUUCGGUCUGACCUGCAUGCAAUGCGCUGAGACUAAGAAAUGAUUAGUUUGAACUCACUUUAAGCCGAACACUUGUGUUGUUUUACCAACAGAUUAUGUACUCACUUGAUCAGAGUGACUCAACUCCUUCUGCUUAUGAAGCCCACUCAGAUGGCGAGGUUUGAACAGCUCAUGUUCGUCUUCUUUUGAAUUUUUCCCUUUGCUAAACUAGACCCGCUGAUUGAAACUGUCGUUUGCUAUAUAACUUACGUAUUGUCUGCUUUGUGCGGAUCCAGGUAUUGAUUUUAUUGGACACUACUCCUGAUCAAUCUUUGCUUGCUGAGGGUGUCGCACGUGAAGUGGUUAACCGUAUUCAGAAAUUACGAAAAAAGGUAACGUCUUUUCAGUUCUUUACUUCAGCCGGUAAAACGACAUUUCUGCGCGGGUUCUUUCAGUCAUCUAAGGGUUAAACACGGCUUUUUCCUCAAGCGAUUUAAGCUGUAGCCAUAGUAAUCCUUGUAACCGUCAACAUAGUAACUCGACGAUGAAGAAGAGAAACAAAACAAAAGUGUCCUUAUAUAACGGAUGCUUCUUUAAAUUUAUGUGUUACAUCCUGUCAAUACGUUCAGCCUCAUUCACAGGUUUUUUAUACUUCUCGCAGUAGUAUAGUAGGCAGUAACCAUACGUUUGUAGUUUUAUCAGAACUAAGAACCAUAACGAUAAAAUACGAAAUUUGUAGGCCAAGCUCCAGCCCAGUGAUGACAUCACCAUUGUAUUUGACGUCACGCAAGGUGAACAAGACGCUGUCAAGGCCUUAAAUGACGUCAUGGCAUCACACAAAGAAUACAUUGAAGACAGUGUGAAGCAACCUCUAGUGCCUAGUACCCUCUCACCUUCUCUUUCGGAGAUAAUCCAAGAAAACACGGAGGUACUGUGUAUUCCCUCAACAAAUCUUGCAAAUUCCAGAAGUACGGAGGUCAGAGUGUUUACUUUUACUUUCUUUUUUAUAGGUGAAAGGCGCUGUGUUGGUGCUUAAGUUGCUGCGGGGUCGUCAGGGAUCAGAAGUGAAUACACAAGAGAGCUCAGGAUCGCCAGUGUGUGGUUUUGUCAACGUACAGCUAUGCGGAGUGGCCGGCAAGCCUCUUCAGGGGACUGUUCUACUAGAGAAUCCCCGCGGGACCACAGCUAUGAAUCUCAAUCAACUUCAGCGACAGGUAACAGUUUCAACAUCAUGUUCUCAGUUCUAUUGUGUUUAAUGUCACAUACGUCAGUCAUCUCUUACUUUUUAUGAAGUACUGUGAAGUUUUGUGUAUUCCCAGUUUGUCUUUACAACCCGUUUAGUUGAUGCACAAAUUCCCAGUUGUUUUUGUCAUUGAUUUUAGUAUUUUGUUGCUUCAAUCAUUGAGUUACCGUGUGUCCUUAUUUGAAACAGGUGGCCAUAAUGUUCAGUCAGCCUGAGAAAGCUAUAAAACUGUCUCUGUCAGCUUCUUGUGACUCCGGUAAGAUUUCCCACGGCUAAAUUUACUGUUGACAGGCAAUAGUUAAAAACAUUAACGGGACCCUUUUGACAAAAGCAGUUUAACAUUCCGUAUGUGUUGAGGAAGGGAACAAAUGAUCACCCGUAGGGAAGUUAUUCGGCUGAGUUACAGUGGCCAUGAGUAUGUUAUGUAACUAUAUUCUGACGGGAAGGCCUGAAAGGCGUGAAUGUGUUUGCCUGAAAACCUCAAUUGUCUUCAACUUAAACUGCGAUACAACCAUGUUCUGAAAUGGUGCAACAUCGCUUUGAGCUUUCUUUUUGGCCAUAACUAACAGGAAUAAUUAGGAUCAAGAUUUCCCCGGUAUUGGCAAAUGCUCCUAGUAUGCUUGUAUACCAGCUCCUAUCCGUAUAAGACAUGUAUUUUAAAAUAUAGAUAUAUAAUAGAGUUAAUAAUAUUAUUGUAGUUAUCAUGCUAAUAAGAUGUUUCUUGUUAUCUUUAUUGCAGUUCUUACCAACCAAGAAGUUUCCAAAUUAAAUGGAUCUCAACUCUAUGCUUUUGUCAAGGGCUGAGCUUCCCAUGUGCCAUUGUAUUUAGGAUUGUUCAAUGUUCUGCACAUCAAUUACCACAGUUUGAGCACUCUAAAUUCCGGGCCACUUUAAAUUUAUAACUUAUCACUCUGUAUUUCUGGCAACGUAUGAUGUCGAGUCAAUUUAAGCAGCACUCGUUCGCGGACUUGUGACUGCCUCCAGACAGGUAUCCGCAGUUCCCAUCAAACCUGACUCAAGUCGUAGUGAAGAACUAUGCCUUUUUGUUGGAUUGUUUAGUGUUAAACUUACAACGAGGAAAUCCUAAUUAGAUGGUAAUGUAUUUUCGCCGUGUCGUUUAUAAGUAAUUCAGAAGUGGUAUUUCUAGUCCUCACUUGAAAACGAAUCUCAAUAGAAAUAUAAUGAUCCUGCAAAACGAAAGAGAAUUUUUGAUUUUAGAUACAUGUUACAAUUUAGUAGUAUUUGAAUAGAAAAAAUUUUGAAGGGGAUGAUCUUUCCUGUUUGGGGGAGGGGGAGGGGUGGGAUUAGCCUGAGAAAACAGCCGACAUUUCGUGACGCCUCCUACGGUUUCCCCGCGAAAUGACGUCUGAGAAACGAGCGCAGAAAUUCCAUGCUGAUGACGUGUAACUACCCAGAUCUGGGUAGCGCUUCUGAUUGGUUGAAGCAAACUUCACACGCCCACGACCACGACUUGGAAAAGCUGAUGAAAUACCAAAGCUACUAGUGGAGGAUUUUCCUCGUGUGUAAAACCACGACAAUUACAUUUCAUCUGUUUCACGUUACAGUAUAUCUCAGGCAAUCUACCAGACUUUCCAUUCUAAAUGACAGUCGGACCCUAAGCCAUUUUGUUAGUCUUCAAGCAAGCGCUUCAAAGUGAGUUUGCUCACAGACUCAGCACAGUUUGAAUGAAUUAAAAAAAGUAUUUUAACUUCCUUUAUUGUUAUUACUCGCACUGGGAACUUUUAAACGAGAGUAAUAUGUCUCUUGAAGCGUUAGUGAUGAGUAAGAAAACUUGAUACGU